UAUCGGUUCAAUGAAUGUUUUUGCAGCUCUAUUUUGGUAGCAUUUCGGGUAAAUAUGUGAUAAUAUAGUGAACGACGCACAACAAACGAGCGAAAAAUCAAGUUGAUAACGGAGAGGCCAGCGGCUGGAGGAGAGGUCGCCGAAGACCACGUCAACGUUCUGGCCAGGAGGAACCACAUCCAGUACCACAUCCAUUCACCACCCACGACGCUCAGAGAACUGAAGCACCUGGAGGAACGCCCACAAUGUAUUGCCUGCAAUGCCUGCUGCCCGUGCUGCUGAUACCGAAACCCACAAAUCCGGCGCUCAUGGAGACGCACGUGAUGUUCAUUGUGCUGUAUCUAGUCGGAUUCUUUCUGGAGAGGAAACCCUGCACAAUAUGUAGCCUGGUCUUCCUGACCGCCGUCUCGCUAAUCUGCUACAGCGGCAUUGGAAAUUGCAUCUUUUGGGGUAACUGUGAGGGUCACCAAUGCGAGAAUGGCUAGGCAAGGCCGGGAUGCCGCAUCAUCAUCCCAAAAAAAAAAAAAACAAAAACAAAAAUA